AUGAACCGCUCCCAAUCGCCCCCGACGCACGAGUUGGAAGGCGAGGCGGCGACGUUCGACAUCUUUGUGCAGAGUGUCGACCUCCGCUGGUGCCUGCUGCUCCACUGCGACUUUGCGUCCCUCGCGGCGGUGCGGCAGCUCGCCUCUCCCUUCACGGCGGAUGUGCCACUUGUCCUCUCGAGCGAGCACUGGUGCGCGUCCGCCAGCAACCGCACGGCGCUGCACGCCGCGCAGUGGGCCGCCGGCGGCGACACCCUGCACGUGGCCUUGAGCCAGCCGCUCGGACAGACCGUCGUGUCGCUGCGCUGCUCGACUGCCGGCGAGCGGGAGCUCGCGCUCGCAGGCGGAGCCGAGGUGGACGAGGAGGGCGAGGCGGGCGGCGACCUCGUGAUGGUGGUGCUGCAUCCGAUCGGUCACGAGAGCCGGCUGACCGCGGCUCAACUCGGCGACAUGGCGCCGUCGCUCGCCCAGUUUCUGCAUGAGCCGCUCACGCGCACGACGACGGAGGUCGAGGGCCCGACGCACAACCAGGCGGUCAAGAGCGUCUCGGCGGCUCCGGACGCCAUC